CAAUCAUAUCCUCCUUCACUCAAAGGUCAUCUACUUUAUUCCUCAAUUAGAACACUAUAAGCUGUCUUUCCAUCUCGCCAAUUUAUUCUACAUUGAAUAUCGGGACUGAAUUCCUACACUCACUCACCAAACAACGAUCUCAACGAUCUUCCCAACUAAUCCUCCCCCGGACCGAACCCAUCCUUCAAACUGUCUUCCAUCCGCCUCAGACCUAAAACCAUGUCUUCCCUCUUACCUCUCUCAGGACCAGGACCAUCUUCGAACUCUGGGAGAUAUCUAGAAACAGAAUUUGAUGUCCCUAGAUCAGAUAGAAGUUUACCUUUGGUUUUGAGGAGAUUAACAAAAUUCAAAGCUAUGGACUUCGAAUUAGCUUUUUGGCAACUCACUUAUCUGGUUGUAGCUCCUAGAAGAGUGUAUAAACAGACAUAUCAUCAUAAACAGACUAAAAAUGUCUGGGCAAGGGACGACCCGGCAAUGUUACUCCUCAUCUCUGCUUCAUUGGCAAUAGUCGGAUUAGCUUGGUCAUUAGUUUAUCGUAGAUCUAUGAUAGAAACGAUGUUGGUGAUUCUCAAAAUGGUUUUCCGCGACUUCCUUCUUUCAUCACUUAUCAUAGCUCUGAUCCUUUACAUACUCACCAACCGACUUCUUUUAUCUCCAGCCGCUUCAUACUCUAACGAAAAUCGAGUAGAAUUCACAUACGCUUUUGACGUUGCUGUUAAUUCCUUUUUUCCAGCUUUUCUCGCUGUUUAUGUGGCUUUGUUACCGCUGGUUGGGGUGGUAGUUAGAGAUAAUUGGGUUUGUUUGUUUUUUGGAAACACUCUCUUCCUCGUCGCCGGAAUACAAUACGUCUACGUCACAUAUCUCGGUUACGCCGCUUUACCAUUUGUGGCCCGUAGUCAGAUCUUGCUCUCCCCACUUUUGCCCAUCUUUGGAGGUUAUCUGCUCAGUCUACUUGGCUUCAACAUUGCUAGACAUACCCUUCAGCUUUACUUCGGUCAGCCAUGGCAUCAGUCCCCCACCUGA